UCCUGUUUCUCGAAUAAAUUUGGACUCCCAGAAAUUAAAUGACUAGGUAAAAAUAACACAACUAGGCAUGCUAUGGCACAGCCAGGGCUUCGAAACAACAAUAACAACAAGUAAAAUUUAGUAAAGAUUUAGUCAUGUUAGGAAUGAGAAAGUUAAGUAAACUUCUCAGGUUAGGGCUGUCAGGUAAAAUACAGAGCACCUAGUUAAAUGUGAAUUUCGGAUAAACAACUAAUAGUCUUUUCAGUAUAAGUACGUCCCAUACGGUAUGGUACAUACUAACACACACAAAUUAUUAGUGUUUCAUCUGAAAUUCAAAUUUAACUGGGCUUCCUGUUUUUGUUUUUCAAAUCUGGCAAUUCUACCUCAAAUAGAAUAGGCACUUGGUAGCACCAUGUCUGUCUGAAUACCUUCUGUGCUCUUAAUCCCUUCACUAAUGGUUUUCAGACUUUUGAAUUUCACAGUUCAAUACAAUUAAAACAACAAAAAACCUUUUUGAAGAUAGGCAUAGUAUUGCUACCUUUUUAUUUUGCCAAGUAAGUACAUUAAAAAAAAAAAACCUACUCUCUACUAUUACCAUCAUUACUUAGUAGAAAAGUAUGGAAGGACAUACAGUACUCUCAGAAUAAAAGUCCUUUGAAACAACAAAUCCAGCUUUAUUAAAAAAAACUUAACCACAUUCCACAUUGUGUGGUGGCUUUUUGGGGGAGGGAUGCAUACACAUGAACUUUUUUCUCUGACCAGUGACCCUCUAUGGACUAGCAUUUUGAAACUCCUUCACUAAGGAUGCCAUCCUGGAACCCUUGGGCGCCUGAGGUUGGGCUAUUUCCUGAGCUUGCAGGAUGCUGCAACAAUUAGAAAUAGUGCCAGACCAAGUGACUGAAGAAAUGCCUAUAUUUCUGAGUUUAUAGGAACUCAUUGUCAUUCUAUGUGUCCUCUCUUGGCUCCUCCCCAAGCCUCUUUCUCCAUAGUCCUACUGCCUACCCAUCCAGCUUCUUAUGCUGAACCCUUUUCCUUCAGUUUCCUUAAGAUUCAAGGUGAGUUAGGGGUAUAUGUCCAACUUGGAGACCCCUUCAGCUGCCUUCCGAGUGGUUAGGUCUUGUCUGGCCAGGCCAUCUUUCUCUCCUCCUUGCCUCAUAGUAUAGUAUCUAAGUGACCCUAGACACUUACCAGGCAAUUGCUAGGCAGAACCAGGCAGAACCUCCAUCCCCUCCUCCCUUCUUCUCCCAUCACCCUGCUCCUCCCCUUGGCCUAGAGCCUCAACUCCUGCAGUCUAACUCUGUUGGCCAGCAGAGGCCCUGUGACGUGGAGAAAAAUCUAUCUGGCCAGUUUCUAGGUGGUUCUGUCCAGGGGCUGCAGCAGGAGUCUGACCUGAGGGGAGGAAGGACACAGAAUCUCUAGCCUUGGCUCUUUUUUUCCCAGGGAAGGGAGAGAAACAGAAGAAGGGCCUGAGAAAGGGGCUGGUGUGUUGGGACUCUGUCCAACAGUACUGAGACAGGAAACACUCACGUAGGUGCCUAAACCUGCCUGAAGCCCAAAUGCAGUUGUCUGCUCUAGAGGUCCUUUCUCAAAUCCCCUCUGGCCUUACCCACCGCCAUCAUCACCCCUCCAUCACUGCUUUCUGACUCCCUUUCUCUUGCAAAAUUACUCUUGCCCACCUCCAUCCCAGCCCCAACCUAUGAGGCAAAAAUAAGAAUUUUACCUGCUUUUGAAUUCUAAUAGGCCAGAAUAGGAGUUUUUCUUCCUUCCAACUGGGGACCUAUUGUGUAUGUUGGGGAGAGAGUAGAGUGCACCUUUGGAUGUAGAAGGGGAAGGGAAGACCCAGACCUCCUUUGACCCUCCUCUCUGAAAAAAUGGGACCUGGACACCCACCUCCAUAGGGGUACAGGCAGCUGCCCUUGAAGGCUGAGUGGUGGGCUGGGAAUCUUUGCGAGGGUUGUGGGGAGAGGGGAGGAGAGGUGUGCUCCCACUUUGGAGAGAGGAUUGUGAUGGGGGUGAAGGAUGCCUUGGAAUAAAGGUGUAAGCACUAUUGACUCUCUUCCCCGGACAGUAGACAGGCCCACCUCGGAUCCCUUAGCCCUUCCAGGAGGGUGGAGUCCGAGCGAGGGACAGACGGGUCCGGGAUGCAGGGGGUGGGACGCAGUGAGUGACUGAGGUGGGGAAGGGGUGAGGACCAGAUACUCUCCGAGGGUUAGGGGUGGGGAGAGGAGGCGAGAAAAGGGCAGAGGCGCCGCGGUUCGGCGGUGGGCGCCGCGGCGUGGCAUCCCCCAGCGAAGGAAGCCCCGCCCCGCUCCUCCAUCGCCGCCCCGCCCAGGCCCGCAGCGCCGCGCUGCAGCGCAAGGGGCGGAGAGGCAGAGCGCCGAGAGAGGACCAGACGCCCAGGUCUCCCGCAUCCCGGUGCCGCAGGAGCGAGGAAGCGCGCCUCGGCCCUGUUCCCCAGCCUUCGUCCAGGCGCCCGCCGCGCCUUUCUGAGCCCCAGAGACCGAGCGCCUGUCCUCCGCCUGGGCCUCAGCUGAGCCCCUCUCCCCCGGAGCACAUACGCCCCUGCAGCAGAAGAAGUGCCCCAGCCCCACACCGGCGACCACCAUGGCCGAGACCAACAACGAAUGUAGCAUCAAGGUGCUCUGCCGAUUUCGGCCCCUAAACCAGGCCGAGAUUCUGCGGGGGGACAAGUUCAUCCCCAUUUUCCAAGGGGACGACAGCGUCGUUAUUGGGGGGAAGCCAUAUAUCUUCGACCGUGUAUUCCCUCCAAACACGACUCAGGAGCAAGUUUACCAUGCGUGUGCCAUGCAGAUUGUCAAAGAUGUCCUUGCUGGCUACAAUGGCACCAUUUUUGCUUAUGGACAGACAUCCUCAGGGAAGACACAUACUAUGGAGGGAAAGCUGCACGACCCUCAGCUGAUGGGAAUCAUUCCUCGAAUUGCCCAAGACAUCUUCAACCACAUCUACUCCAUGGAUGAGAACCUUGAGUUCCACAUCAAGGUUUCCUACUUUGAGAUUUACCUGGACAAAAUCCGCGACCUUCUGGAUGUGACCAAGACAAAUCUGUCUGUGCACGAGGACAAGAACCGAGUGCCGUUUGUCAAGGGUUGUACUGAGCGCUUUGUGUCCAGCCCAGAAGAAAUUUUAGAUGUGAUUGAUGAAGGGAAAUCAAAUCGUCAUGUGGCUGUCACCAACAUGAAUGAACACAGCUCUCGAAGCCAUAGCAUCUUCCUCAUCAACAUCAAGCAGGAGAACAUGGAGACCGAGCAGAAGCUCAGUGGGAAGCUGUAUCUAGUGGACCUGGCAGGGAGCGAGAAGGUCAGCAAGACUGGAGCAGAGGGAGCCGUGCUAGACGAGGCCAAGAAUAUCAACAAGUCCCUGUCAGCUCUGGGGAACGUGAUCUCUGCGCUGGCUGAGGGCACAAAAAGCUACGUUCCAUAUCGUGACAGCAAAAUGACACGGAUUCUCCAGGACUCCUUGGGAGGAAACUGCCGGACAACCAUGUUCAUCUGCUGCUCACCGUCCAACUACAAUGAUGCGGAGACCAAGUCCACCCUGAUGUUUGGACAGCGGGCAAAGACCAUUAAGAACACUGCCUCCGUGAAUCUGGAGUUGACUGCCGAGCAGUGGAAGAAGAAAUAUGAGAAGGAGAAGGAGAAGACAAAGGCUCAGAAGGAGACGAUUGCAAAGCUGGAGACAGAGCUGAGCCGGUGGCGCAGUGGAGAGGACGUGCCAGAGACGGAGCGCCUGGCUGGGGAGGAUGCUGCCCUGGGAGCUGAGCUCUGUGAGGAAACGCCCGUGAACGACAACUCAUCCAUCGUGGUGCGCAUCGCGCCUGAGGAGCGGCAGAAGUAUGAGGAGGAGAUCCGCCGCCUCUACAAGCAGCUUGAUGACAAGGAUGAUGAGAUCAACCAGCAGAGCCAACUCAUAGAGAAGCUCAAGCAGCAGAUGCUGGACCAGGAAGAGCUGCUGGUGUCCACUCGAGGAGACAAUGAGAAGGUCCAGCAGGAGCUGAGCCACCUGCAGUCGGAGAACGACGCCGCGAAGGACGAGGUGAAGGAGGUGCUGCAGGCACUGGAGGAGCUGGCCAUGAACUACGACCAAAAGUCCCAGGAGGUGGAGGAGAAGAGCCAGCAGAACCAGCUUCUGGUGGAUGAGCUGUCUCAGAAGGUGGCCACCAUGCUGUCCCUGGAGUCUGAGUUGCAGCGGCUACAGGAGGUCAGUGGACACCAACGAAAACGAAUUGCUGAGGUGCUGAACGGGCUGAUGAAGGACCUGAGUGAGUUCAGUGUCAUCGUGGGCAACGGGGAGAUUAAGCUGCCGGUGGAGAUCAGCGGGGCCAUCGAGGAGGAGUUCACUGUGGCCCGACUCUACAUCAGCAAAAUCAAAUCCGAAGUCAAGUCUGUGGUUAAACGGUGCCGGCAGCUGGAGAACCUCCAGGUCGAAUGUCACCGCAAGAUGGAAGUGACUGGGCGGGAGCUCUCAUCCUGCCAGCUUCUCAUCUCCCAGCAUGAGGCCAAGAUCCGCUCCCUGACGGAAUACAUGCAGAGCGUGGAGCUCAAGAAGCGGCACCUGGAAGAGUCCUAUGACUCCCUGAGUGAUGAGCUGGCCAAGCUCCAAGCCCAGGAAACUGUGCAUGAAGUGGCCCUGAAGGAUAAGGAGCCAGACACACAGGACUCAGAAGAUGUGAAGAAGGCCCUGGAGCUGCAGAUGGACAGCCACCGGGAGGCCCAUCACCGGCAGCUGGCCCGGCUCCGGGACGAGAUCAAUGAGAAGCAGAAGACCAUUGACGAGCUCAAAGACCUGAAUCAGAAGCUCCAGUUAGAGCUGGAGAAGCUUCAGGCAGACUAUGAGAAGCUGAAGAAUGAAGAACAUGAGAAAAGCACCAAACUCCAGGAGCUGACAUUUCUGUAUGAGCGACACGAGCAGUCCAAGCAGGACCUCAAGGGUCUGGAGGAGACAGUUGCCCGGGAACUCCAGACCCUCCACAACCUUCGCAAGCUGUUCGUUCAAGACGUCACGACUCGAGUCAAGAAAAGUGCAGAAAUGGAGCCCGAGGACAGUGGGGGGAUUCACUCCCAAAAGCAGAAGAUUUCCUUUCUUGAGAACAACCUGGAACAGCUUACAAAGGUUCACAAACAGCUGGUACGUGACAAUGCAGAUCUGCGUUGUGAGCUUCCUAAGUUGGAAAAACGACUUAGGGCUACGGCUGAGAGAGUUAAGGCCCUGGAGGGUGCACUGAAGGAGGCCAAGGAGGGCGCCAUGAAGGACAAGCGCCGGUACCAGCAGGAGGUGGACCGCAUCAAGGAGGCCGUUCGGUACAAGAGCUCCAGCAAACGGGGCCAUUCUGCCCAGAUUGCCAAACCCGUCCGGCCUGGCCACUACCCAGCAUCUUCACCCACCAACGCCUAUGGCACCCGGAGCCCUGAGUGCAUCAGUUACACCAACAGCCUCUUCCAGAACUACCAGAAUUUGUACCUGCAGGCGGCACCUAGCUCCACCUCAGACAUGUACUUUGCAAACUCCUGUACCAGCAGUGGGGCCACAUCUUCUGGAGCCCCCUUGGCUUCCUACCAGAAGGCCAACAUGGACAAUGGAAAUGCCACAGAUAUCAAUGACAAUAGGAGUGACCUGCCAUGCGGCUACGAGGCUGAAGACCAGGCCAAGCUGUUCCCUCUCCACCAAGAGACGGCAGCCAGCUAAUCUCCCACACGGGCUGCUGCAUACCUGCACUUUCAGGUAGUUUCAGGCCGCUUCCUCUGACCAGCCUCAGGUUGCCUCCUUUCUUGCCCUCAGCUUCUUUGUUUCUCCUGCUUUUUUUUAAAUCAUCUCAAAACUUUUACUAUAUAGUUGUCCCUCAACUCCUGCUGUCCCCUCCCAGGGGCUACAUCAGAACUGCCUGGUGUCCCCUAGGCACUGGCCUCCCCUCCCCCCUUGUGCUUGGCCGUAGUGGGAACCACAGUACCGCCUUUAUGCCACUAGGGGUCGCUGCAACAUGUCAAAAGAAGUGGGCAAGGGCAGUGUCCAUCUAGAGCCGCAACACAGGUCACAGAACCUAGUGGUUAUUAGGAGACCUUGGGAGAUCUCUGUGUCCUAUACUCCUCAUAUCUGUAUAUGUCACCAAUGAGCUUUAGCAAAUGCCCCAGGAAGUCUAACUUUUUGUUCGUCUAGCUGCUGUAUCAGCACUCCCCUCCAAUCUUGCUAGUGGAGGUGGAAAACAGCUGUGUGCCCACCACCUCCAAGCCCCACCUUCACCUCUGUCCUGGGUCCUCUCCCCUGUUCCCUGUGCUCUCCUAGCAGCACAGGCACCUUCCUGGUUCUUGUGUGUCACCAGGCUUCUCGCCAGGUUGCUUUAUGGCUCAAAACGGGCACUGGGAUCCUGUUUUAUUGUCCACCUUGGAUCCUUGGAGAACGAGAAACGAGAGAACAUGGCCAGUCUCCUAGUGGGCGGCAUCCAAGCUGAGCCCUCUCCAGGGGUUUUCCAGGGUAAUAGGCCAGGUGCACGUAGGCAGAAAGGCAUGAGAAGCAAGCAGUGGGAAUGGGGGAGGGAGAGUUAGGGAAGGCCUGUGGGUGGAGGAGCAGGAGAUGGCAGGGUGGCGUCUGGCUGUUGAUAUCAAAGGAACAGGACUGUAAACCCAAGUUGGCACAGAUGCCACCCUGUUCCUCUUCAGUGACCGGGCUGCAAGGUGGUUCCUCACAACCUCUUUCUCUUUCUUCCCCAGUUUCUAAGAGGGACUGAGGCCUCUUCUCUCAGCAUGCUGCAAACCUGUGGUCUCUGAUACUAACUCCCUUCCCCAAUCCUUGUUGUCCAACUGUACUAUGUAUGAUGUCUUCUCUUACUCUGUAUCUCUUUGUACUCUGUAUCUAUAUAUCAAAAGCUGCUGCUAUGUCUCUCUCUUCUCUCUGUCAUACUCUCUAGUAUCUAAUGAUGUAUUUAGCAAUUUCUAAGCAUAGUAUACCCUCCUCAUUUGGGGCCAUAGGGAGGAGGGUCAGUGUUUCUUCUUCCUCUCCUAUAUGCAUCUCUCACACUGAAUGGUGUUAGUCACGGAGAUGAUAAAAGGAAAAUGGGAGCUAGAGGGCUGUGAUCCUUCACAAACACACACACACAUGCACGUACACAAAGCCUUAAGCAGAAGAAUGUCUUGGCGUCAUGAGAAGAUACAGAAAUAGACUCUUCCUCCCUCCUCUUCCACAUUUAGCACAGGGGAGGGUGAAAUGGAAGGACUGCUUAAAUUAUACGGUGAAUUUUCUUCAGACACCCCUCACCCCAACGGAGGGGUUCUGGGUGUGCACCUCUGCCCCCCGAAGUCUGCCUUUUGCCUCCCUCUUCCUGUGCCCCCUGGACAACCAAGAACAUGGAUUGCUCAAGGGACCACUUCCCUUUCUCCUCAAAACUCCUUUUGAUAUUCUCUACCCCAGAGCUCAUGACCAGAACCCAAAGCUGCUUAAAAUUAUUUUGAAACAUUGAGGAGGCCAACCCAUUUCCAACAGUCUGUCAAAUGGUUGCUCAUCUGUCCACGGUGAAAGUUAUAGCCAAGCGUAAGCAAAAUGAGUCCUUCUUUGGCUUUGGGGGUAAACAGACUGGAAAAUUCCUAAGUAUUUUUUUUGCCACAGUGAUGGGCUGGAUUCCUUUCUCUGUCCCAUAUUGGGCUGCAUGUUCUUCCCGUCUCCACCUUUUGGUUUGGGGGCUUCCAGUUCAUUGGCAAAAUAGGUAUCUCGAAAUGCCUUCCUUUCAAGCUGGAGCCUGACUUUUCCCCGAUGAUACACAUUAAAAAAUGUUUUUUUCCAAAAAGAAUUCCCUCUGUAAUGUCCUCAUCUGGUAUUAAGUGCACUUUAAAGAAAAGGGCAGGGCAGAUUUUCCAGAGGUGGAGGAGC